UGAAACAGCUGAUUCUAAACUGAAGGACGAACAGUAAGAAAAGUCCUCGUCGAUUGCACAUUGCAUCCCAGUCGUCACUCGUCAUAAUAGUAAAAUAAAAUGUUCCCUGCUUACGCUUAUCUCUCAGGCUACGACAGACACAAGAAGCUCAUAAAUGAUUACCUUCUGCUCAGCGGUAAAUCCCUGGAUAGCCUCAGACGAGACACGUCCCGGGAUAAGACCGAUCAUGACGUCAUCCGAGAAAAUCACCGAUUCCUCUGGGAGGACGAGGAGGUGGCAGACACCUGGGAGAAUCGUCUUGCCAGAAAGUAUUAUGAUAAGUUGUUCAAGGAGUAUUGCAUCUGUGACUUGAGUUAUUACAAGCACAACAAGGUAGCUCUUCGAUGGAGAACCGAGAAAGAGGUAGUCGUGGGAAAGGGACAAUUUGAAUGUGGGAACAAGAAAUGUAAUGUUAAAGAUGGAUUGAGGUCCUGGGAAGUGAAUUUUGGAUACGAAGAGCACGGAGAAAAGAAAAAUGCACUAGUCAAAUUGAGAUUAUGUCCGGAAUGUUCGGAGAAGCUAAACUACAAAACCAAAAAACGAGAGGUAAAGCGUCAAAAGGCUCUGAAGAGAUUAGGAACCUCUCCAGAUAAAUCACAAAUCAGUUCAAGCUCAAAUGAAUCCCCUGGAACUGAAACUGCAAUUAAAGUCGUGGCUGAAAACGGUGAUAAACCCGAGGAUUCGCAGUCAUCUGAGACAGAUGACACCAAUAUAUGGAAGGGAAAACCUGUGGAAGGAGUUGAGAAAUCUCGAGAGGAAGAGUUUGAAGAGUACCUCGCCGAUCUUUUCCUAUAAACAAUUUAUUUCAUCAAAACAAAUAAGUAAUUCUUCCUCUCUUCUACAAACUUACAUUAUAUUCAAUAUAUUAAUUUAUUCAAAAUAAAAGGUAUUUUCUAUACAAGUCCUGGGGUAUUGUACAGUUUAAUACGAGAAUAAUGCACUUAAAAUCCAUCUUCACCAAGAAAUCAGUGACUAAUCGUUGAUCCAUUGAUUGGUCGGAUAUUCUUACUUUCCAAACGUAACGUUAACGUUGUGCAAUAAUUACGUGAAAAUUUCACUACAGAAUUUGUUAAACUCUACAAAAAGGAACUAAAAAAAUCUGUAGGUUCGAUAAUUCAUUCUGAAUUUCAAUAGAGUACUGAACUUUUCAUUAUUAAUUCAACAAUUUGUGCGAUAACUAAUUCAUCAUAACGCAAAAAAGAAAAUUUUCACUCAUCAAAUCUCAUUUACCCUCGAUAACUGCAAUGAGGAUAUCCAACGAAUAUUUGUAAUAUUUAAUUAUCGUAUCACCUACCUAAAGGCCUAAAUACAAUUUAAUCCGUUAGUAUUGUCGGCUUGAACGUGACAACGUGAGCAAUUGAGUCUACAACUGGAUGUAAAAACCGAAUAGAAUUUUGAUUAUUUAAUUAGGCACGUCAAACCCUUCAAUUUGCAAUUUUAUUCAUCAUCAGAAGAUGCUCUUUGUAUUAAAAGUUACGUCUAGUGGCUGAACUAG